GGCUUGCUGCUACUCUCGCGUUUCUGCCCCCCUUGUCCGCUCCUGGUAACCUUCCCGCUUCUGCGCAGUUUCGACCCGGGACAAAGCCUCACCAGUUCUGGUGCUGUUUGUUCCUUCAGACCAGCAUGUCGGAUUACGACGGAGUCUCCUCUAACGGUGUUGGUGGUGGAGUGAAAAAAGACGCCUUUGCAGACGCCGUGCAGCGAGCCAGACAGAUUGCAGCUAAAAUCGGCGGAGAGACUGCGCCCCCAGUGACAAACAACGGAGGAGCUGAAAGUUAUCCAUUCACUGCGCAGAAACGAUCCCUUGAAGAAGGAGAUGAGCCCGAUGCCAAGAAAGUAGCAUCACAGAGUGAAAGAGAUUCAGCAAUGUCUAUUGGAGCCCAGUUAGCUGCUCUGUCCCAACAAAGUGUACGGUCGUCCACUAUUACAGAAGAGUACACAGUGCCUGAUAACAUGGUCGGCCUCAUCAUCGGACGGGGAGGAGAACAGAUCAACAAAAUCCAGCAUGACUCCGGGUGCAAGGUCCAAAUUGCACACGACGGCAUCAGUCUCCCAGAAAGAAGCAUUUCCCUGACGGGGUCAGCGGAGGCCAUACAGAGGGCCAAAGCUUUUAUAGAUGACAUCGUGUCCAGAGGUCACGAGCCGAGCAAUGGCCAGUCCGGCUCUAUGCAAGAGAUCAUCAUCCCUGCAGGAAAGGCUGGCCUAAUUAUCGGUAAAGGAGGAGAGACGAUCAAACAGCUCCAGGAGCGAGCUGGAGUUAAAAUGAUUCUCGUUCAAGAUGGCUCCCAGCCACCAAACAUAGACAAACCCUUGCGUAUCAUCGGUGAUCCUUACAAAGUGCAGCAAGCGAAGGAGAUGGUUAACGAGAUUCUACGAGAACGGGAUCAUGGCGGUUUCGGAGAAAGGAAUGAUUAUGGCUCAAGGAUGGGAGGGGGCGGCAUUGAUAUAGCUGUACCCCGACAGUCUGUGGGAGUUGUGAUCGGUCGCAGUGGGGAGAUGAUAAAGAAGAUCCAGAGUGAUGCUGGCGUGAAGAUACAGUUUAAACCAGAUGAUGGUACAGGACCUGAAAAGAUUGCCCACAUCAUGGGACCCCCAGACCAGUGUCAGCACGCGGCUUCAAUCAUCACUGACCUGCUGCAGAGUAUCCGUGCCCGAGAUGAAGGCGGGCAGGGGGGCCCUCCAGGUCCUGGUAUGCCUGGGUCGGGAGGCCGAGGUCACGGUGGAGGUCAGGGUAACUGGGGCCCGCCGGGAGGAGAGAUGACCUUCACUCUCCCUGCGCACAAAUGUGGGCUUGUCAUUGGCCGAGGAGGAGAGAACAUCAAGUCCAUCAACCAACAAACCGGGGCGUUCGUGGAGAUUUGUCGUCAAUUGCCGCCGAACGGCGACCCCAACUACAAACUGUUUAUCAUCAGAGGCUCCCCACAGCAGAUUGACCACGCAAAACAGCUUAUUGAAGAGAAGAUUGAGGGUCCACUGUGUCCGCUGGGGGGUGGUGGUCCUGGUCCUGGAGGUCCUGGUGGUCCUGGGGGUCCUGGUGGGCCAAUGGGUCCCUAUAAUCCAAAUCCUUAUAACGCAGGUCCUCCUGCUGCAGCACCGCAUGGAGCUCCUGGUGGUCCUCAGUAUGGUUCUCAAGGCUGGGGGAACCCCUACCAGCAGUGGCAAGCUCCAAAUUCAAACGACCCCAAUAAAGCUGCUGCAGACCCAAAUGCAGCAUGGGCGGCUUACUAUGCCCAAUAUUAUGGACAGCAGCCAGCGGGCGCCGUGGCGCCCCAGCCACAAGCUGCCCCUGUAGCAGCAGCAGGAGACCAGGGCCAAGCAGCGCAGACUUGUGGGGGCCAGCCUGACUAUACGAAAGCUUGGGAGGAAUAUUAUAAGAAGAUGGGCAUGACUCAACCAGCUGGAGGAGCAGCACCCGCUCCAGGCGCCGCCGCAGCAGCAGCAGCCGCCGCCAACCCAGCAGCUGCAGCACCAGGUGGAGCUGACGCUGGUGGCCAGCAGGACUACAGUGCAGCCUGGGCCGAGUAUUACAGACAGCAGGCCGCCUACUAUGGACAGGCAGGACAAGCACCUGGACAGGCAGGUGGUCCACAGCCGGGACAGCAGGUAAUGCACACCUUGAAGGUAGCAAAAUCUUGUAAUGGAUCAACAAUGUAUGUAUAAAUGUGGAAGAAAGAG